AUGGACUCGACCAAAGAGAGUAUCCACGCUGAAGGCAAUGAACCUUCGAACGAGAAAUCAAAUUUGUCCGAACAGCCCUCUGCGCAAACGGAAGUUGAAGAUACAGAAGCAAAUGAUUCCACCGAUGUAACUACCGUUUCCAAUACAGGAAAUAUUGUUACAGAAUCUGCCCCAAAACAGGAAAAUCAAUUUGAAACCGACGAAAGGAACAUCGAACCCGCUUUACCUUGGAAUAACAAUGGCUAUGAAAAAGCUGAAGCUGAAGAGGAAGAGGAAGAUGAUGAAGACGACGUUUAUUCGCCUCCGGAACCUGCUUCGGAACUCUCUACCCAAGAAGAAAACCAUAUGAAUGAACCAAAUUCUUCUACAGAUGAGAAACUGGCUGAGUCGAAUAUUGAACAGAGUAGUUAUGCAUCAUUUAAUUCUCCGUUGCACAGGACAAAUCCUGAUCCCUUGAACGAACAUACAAAAGUAUCCGUUCCUAACCAAACCAUCUCUUCAGAUCCUUCUGUUCCUAAUUCUGGUGUUGAUUCUCACACGAAGGAAAUAGCUUCGAGUAAGAUGUAUGAGCCAACUCCAAUGAACGCGAAUACUAGCAUACCACCCCAGUUUUCAUCAGGGCAUUCACCAGUUCCAACUCCUAAUCUGGAUAGUAUAUUGAAAGGAAUCGAUGUUGACAAAGUGCUGGCUGCUGUAAAUAACAAUGAAAAAUCAAGCGACUCCGCAUUCCAAAAUGCUACUGCGGCCUAUACUCCUAACAUCCAGGAUAGGCCGUCAGAGAAUACUUCAUCGUCUUCUAUAAGUUUAAGCCAUUCACCCAAUUUUAGUGAAAUUGCCACCGUACCAAAAAAUUUUGUUCCUUUUUCAGAAUAUGAUCCUGAAGAAAUCCCAAAACCACAGGAACUAGAAUAUAAUGGCGAAUUCUCUGGUCCUCCGUUCUCUGAUACACGCCCACCUGAACCAUUUCUACGGUUUCACCCGGAAGACGAAGAAGCCUAUCAAUUAUUUUUACAAGAAGAGGCAAAAAUUAUGUCUAAUUGGUAUCCUGGACAAUUUCCGUCUUCUUCUCGGCUUUUCCUGGGACAUUUGCAGAAAGAGAACAACAUAUCCAAGCGAGAAGUUUGGAAAUCAUUUCAAAAUUAUGGAAGACUUGCUCAAGUUGUACUAAAGCCGACUUACGGCUUCGUUCAGUUCUUUACUGACGAAGCAUGCGCUCGGGCGUUAGAAGGCAUGCAAGGGAAAUACAUACAAAAUCAAAGACUUUAUUUAGAAAUUUCCAAGCUGCAAAAAAAAUAUCAAAAUCAAAUCGAUUCUACGAAGAAAGGUCCAAUUAAGGGAACAUCGGCUCCGAUGUAUGGCUCAGCCAAUCCUCCAACAUGGAAAAAAAGGUCGAGAUCUCCAUCGCUUUACGCUAGCAAACGAUCAGAGAAAAAGCCUGCUUUACAAGGAUUACCGAAGGUUCAGGUAGAUUGUCAGAUUUUUAUCGUCGAUGAUACUCCAAUUGAGUUUGUAUAUAAAGUAGAAAAUGCUUUUCGUGAAAGAUCUUUGAAUGUAGCAUUAACCUCUUUAACUCCGAAACUAUCAUUGCAAGCACUAGUUCAUCAGUGCAUUGUAGAUGGAGUCCCAGCUAUUGUGUACGUUACGUCUCGUUUAAGUCAAAUUGGUUGUAUUUCUGUUCAAACGUUUCAACGAACGGAAACUAUGAGCGAAAUCCGAUAUGAUGAAUACGCAAAUACUGAACUAUACACAGCUAUGGAGUUGGUUCAACGCUCAAAAAAUGCAUGGUUUGCAAUGAAUCCUUCAGGAUUUCCAACAACUACUCCAAUUAAUCCUUACCAAGUACCAUCAAAUGAUCAAAUUUCUCAAAUCGUUAGCCAUUCCAACCCACACCUUUCAUCGAUGCUUGGAUCCCUUGAUUCUAACACUCUUCAUCAGUUGUUGGACGUUAUUAAAACCGAUCCAUCUCCCCUUUCAGAACCCAAUUCUAAUCUACAAAACGACUAUCCAGUUUAUGAAGCACCGAAUUUUGGUAUGAAUGAGCGUAAGCUCAAUAAUCUACCAGUUGCUGGAGCACCUUCCAAUCUUUACCCUGAGCAAAACCAAAAACAAUUUGAACAUAUUUUAGAACAAUUGACAGCUCUGCAAAAUCCUUGA